AUGCAGGAAUCCAACUUCAAGCGCUUUGUCGAGGUGGGCCGUGUGGUCCUACUGAAAUCUGGCCCCAGCGCCGGCCAGAUUGCUGUCAUUGCUGAAAUAAUCGACCACAACCGGGCAAUAAUCGAUGGCCCUACCACCUCCGUUCCUCGCCAGGCCUUCCCCUACAAGCACCUCACCCUAACUCCCCACAAACUCACCAAACUUCCCCGGGGUGCAGGAUCAGGUGUUAUCAAAAAACAACUUGAGAAGGAAGCCACUGUAGCCAAGUGGGAGGGUAGCAAAUGGGCGAUGAAGCGGGCGGCGCUCGAGCAGAGGCGGAAGCUCAAUGACUUCGGACGGUUUGAGGUGCAGCUGUUGAAGAAACAGAGACGGGAUCUCGUCAGGAAGGCUUUGGCGAAGAAGGUAUAG